CAGGACUCCGUCUAUGCCCCUGACCCUUCCGGACACCCUGGGAGGUGAGUGUUCAUCCCAUUUUCGCCAGAGAAAACUGGUUUCGCCAGAUUGAGGCCACUGUCCCGCUCCCACGGGGGCAGAAUGGAGUUUGGAAUCCAGGUCUGACCGCAGAGAUGCUCUUCACCUGCUGCUGGCGCUCUCUGCAUCCCUCCCCAACCCUCCUUGUGGUCCUUCCUUCCUUUUGCUGUUGUUCCUUUUUUCCCCUCUUAAAAUAUUUUAGCAGUUUUUUGUACAAUAAACAACACACGAAGUGCAGUGGCCCCGAUCAAGGUAAUGAACACAUCCGUCUCCCCAGCAUCACUCAUGCCCCGGGUCUUACACUGUCCUGGUCGGGCUUCAGGUUAUUGGACCAUCUUUCACCUGCUCUGGACCCUCGGAGGACCAGGGACUCUGCCAUUGGUCUCCAUACCCCUGGGGUUCCAGCAAAUUCUGGCCCAUGACUGACCGGAUGCAAACUCCAAGAUGAAGAUGUUCAGGAAAACCAAAAUGCUACCUGCUUCGUCCUGUGACCUUUCUCCUGAUAAUGCUCGUCUUGGUCUUCUUUGGCGCUGGUUUCCUGAGCCCAAGAAGCCCGGUGCUGUGGAGCAGGCGAGCAGGGGCAGGUGAGGCUGGAAGGGAAUCAGUCGGCCUGCAAGUUGUGAAACUGUCGAGGAUGGUGUAUCCGCAGCCCAAGGUGCUCAAACCCUCUAGGAAAGAUGUCCUUGUCCUUACCCCUUGGCUGGCCCCCAUCAUCUGGGAGGCGACCUUCAACACUGACAUCCUGAACGAGCAGUUCCGACUCCAGAAUGCCACCAUCGGAAUCACGGUGUUUGCCAUUAAAAAAUAUGUGGUCUUCCUGAAGCUGUUCCUGGAGACGGCAGAGCAGCACUUUAUGGUGGGUCACAGGGUCAACUACUACGUCUUCACUGACCGGCCAGCCGAUGUGCCGCACGUGCCCCUCGGGGAGGGCCGGCAGAUGGUGGUCCUCGAGGUGCCGGCCUCCGCGCGCUGGCAGGACGUGUCCAUGAACCGCAUGGAGAUGAUCAGCAGCUUCUGCGAGCAGCGCUUCCUCCGCGAGGUGGACUUCCUCGUGUGCGCGGACGUGGACAUGAAGUUCCGUGACCACGUGGGCGUAGAGAUCCUGUCCCAGCUCUUCGGCACCCUCCAUCCCGGUUACUAUCGGGCCAGUCGCGAGGCUUUUCCAUACGAGCGCCGGCCGCAGUCACAGGCGCACAUCCCCCGGGACCAGGGCGACUUUUACUACAUGGGGGCCUUUUUUGGGGGGUCAGUGUCUGAGGUUUACCGGCUUACCAAGGCCUGUCACCAGGCAAUAGUGGCCGACCGGGCCAAUGGCGUCGAGGCCGUGUGGCACGACGAGAGCCACCUAAACAGGUACCUCCUGGACCACAAGCCCACCAAGGUGCUGUCCCCGGAGUACAUGUGGGACGAGAAGCUGCUGGGCUGGCCCGCCAUCAUGAGGAAGCUGAGAUACGUGGCUGUGCCCAAGAAUCACCGGGAGAUCCGGAACCGAUGACGGGCUGCCAGGAGGACUGCGCAAGGGCGUGGGCGGCCGCCCAGUGUCGCUCCUGGGGGCGCUGCCCUGAUGGGGACCUUUAUAACAGGCUGGGUAACCCCACUUCCUUUUUCUGUCCUUGUUACGGCCUCUUAAUUAAUACCAGCCCUAACAUGGGUUCCCUUCCAUUGAAACCAGCGUCUAUGGGGCUAAAACCCAAAGCACACAUUCCCUGUUCUCUGCUGCUUUACUUACACUCAUCAAAUAUGUAAAUAUUUGUUUCUGUAGUCUUUGACUCCCUGAGCUUUACAAUCACAAAGAAGUUAGAAAUUGUUUAAAGCUCAGAUGGCCUCCCGCUGGGCUCCCAGUAAACUUGUGACUAAUCACAGGUCCUUGAGGUCUAUUACAGGGAGCCUAAUGUCCAGAGAAUAUCAGGAAACUAAAGCAGCCCAGGCCCCAACUCCUCGGCUUCCUGACACCAGACUCUACCCUCCACCAUGGAGAUGAACAGUCAAGGACACCCACCUGCAAAAUUCCCUUCUCUUCCCCCCUUGCAAACAGCAAAACCUUAAAACCCUUUCGUCGUUUCUGAACAAGGGAGCUAGCAGUUCUUAAGGCACUAGCCAUUGCUCUGUUCCCUCCACCUGGCAAAAACAAUAAAGCCUUUCCUUUCCACUCAA